CACCCCGGCGCCGCCCCCGCCCCGCGGCGCCCCGAGCGGGCGCCCGCGCGGGCGCUCGGCGGGCCCCCCCCCGCGCGCCAUGGUCUCGAGACGCGCCAGUGGGCGUCCCUCUUCGAGGGCCUGGCCUGUUGGAUGAGCAUCGGCCAGAUCGGCGACGGGCAGAAGGACGGCGAGGCCGUCGUCGUACUGCAGCGCGGCGUGUACAAGGGCCAGCUGGUCGGGGGCGAGGCCCACGGCCAGGGCACCUUCGAGGCCGCCGAGGGCGACGUGUACCAGGGGCAGUGGAAGAACAACCAGGCCGACGGGCAGGGGCAGUACACUGGACGGGACGGCAGGACGUACGACGGCCAGUGGUCCCACGACACGCAGCACGGCCAAGGUGUGGAGACCUGGGCGGACGGCAUAACGUACCGCGGGCAGUUCGACGGGGGCCAGAAGCACGGGAACGGGAAGUUCACCUGGAAGGACGGGUCCUCGUACGAGGGCCAGUUCCAGAACAACAACAUCUGA